CUUUAUAACUUUUCUGCCAUUGCCUUCUUUCUAACAAUCACAAACUCAAACGCUGAAAUGAAAGCAGUUGAAGCAAUUAUUUUAGAGAGGAACGAAAAAGAACCUUUGAUUAAAAAAGUAAUUCCACCCGACACUUGGCAAUAAGCGAAAUAAAAAAAGUGGCAAAACGUGUUUAAUAUGAUCUCGUCGAAGUCUUUUAAGUCAGAGGUAGCCGAAAGUGAAUGUAAUCCAAAACUGAAAAAGAUCCGGUCUUAUAAAACACCCUAAUCCAACAACCUCAAAUUUCUCAAACCAAACUAAACUAAACUAAAACUUUGGACGGCUUUAGUUAUGAUCCGAACCAACAACGAUUUUGGGUCGUCCUGGUCUUGGCACCAAGACAAGCUGUUCGAGCGAGCGUUGGUUAUGUUCACCGACGAGGAAUCGCCCGACCGGUGGGAAAAAAUAGCUGCCCAAGUUCCUGGGAAGUCGGCAAUGGAGGUUAGGAAACAUUACGAGGAUUUGGAGCAUGAUGUUAUGGAGAUUGAGGCAGGGCGAGUCGAGUUACCGAGUUACGAGGGUGAGCUUGAAUCGAUGAGUUGGGUUAACGAAUCGGGUGACUGUCAGGUUUGGUCUGGACCAAAAGGAAAGGAGAGGGAAAGAGAAAACGAGAGAAGGAAAGGUGUUCCUUGGACUGCAGAAGAACACAGACUUUUUUUGAUUGGACUACAAAAAUAUGGGAAAGGGGAUUGGAGGAGCAUAUCAAGAAACGCUGUCGUUUCAAGAACGCCUACUCAAGUAGCAAGCCAUGCCCAAAAGUAUUUUCUUCGGUUGAACUCGAUUAACAAAAAGGAUAAGAGAAGGUCUAGCAUUCAUGAUACUACAACGGCGGAUUGUGAUAAUUGCACGGAUCAAAAUGGGGUUGGAACAAAGGGUGAUCAGGGAAGUUCAUUUGGGAAUAAUCAUGGGUUUCAAUUCCCCUUGUUGUAACUUUGUAACUAAAGAUAAAUACAUGUAUAAGGAGUUAAAUAUUUGUAUGUGAUUUUUUUAUCUUAACCUAAUAGUUAAGCGAUGGAUUUAAAUCAUAUAAGCGUGAAUUUAAUCCUAUCAUCCCCCUUCCACCU